AUGCUGCGCCCUCGGAACGCGCUGGCGUUUGGACUGCUCGUGCUGCUGCCAGCUGCCGUGUCGCUUCUGAGCUACAGCGUCGGCAACGGAAGCGGUGUCACGGCAGUCGUCGUGGGUGCGCUCUGCAGCUUCGCCUUGUGCGACGUGUGGUACUUCCUGCGUCUUGGACUGACCGCGUUGCUCGCGCUCGGAGCUCGUGGACCCCGUUGCCAUUUGUUCGCCACUAAUAGCGUCACGGGCUUUGUCGGCCCCACGGACAUUGACCGAAACGGACACUGCAACAACGCGCGCGUGUUGCGCGCGUGCGGCUUUGGGCGUCGCGACCUGUGGCACCGCAAUGGCAUAUGGAGCGUCGUGACCGCCUUGGGGGUCAACUUUGUCGUGGGUGCGCAGACAGUGCGAUACCGGCGCGAGCUGUCGUUUGGCCACGUCUACACGAUGCAGUCGCGACUCCUGUGCUGGGACGAGCGCGCUUUCUACGUCGAACACCGCUUCGUGACGAAGGACGCGAGCAGCGGCGCUUUCGUCAACGCCAUUGUGCUCGUGAAGAACACGGUGGUCGGUGGACUGAGCCCCGAGCAGAUCGUCAGCAAGCUUCCUGCGCGGCGGGCCGAUGAGGCGGCGAAUCCCGCCAUGCCCGCAGACGUUUUGGCCUGGAUCCAGAGCAACGAUGUUUCCAGCAAGAUGCUCCGUGCCGAGGCUGCUAGUUGA